ACCAUGGCUUCUCCUGCGCCCGCAACGGCUCCCGUGGGCCCCAGUUCUCUCAUCACCGUCAAAGUGCUCUACAAUGAAAAUACUCGACGCUUCAAGCUUCCUCUGCGAGAGCUCGGAGCUCGCACGCUUCCCCAGAAUCUCCGCCAGCUCCUUGGCGUUCCCGAAGAUGUUAACGUCAUCUUUGAACGUUAUUCCGACAGCGCCGGCUGCUAUAUCCAGCUAGAUAGCGAGAACCCUGCUGUCUACAAGCAGCUCUAUCGCGCUGCCAAGGCUAAACUGAAGCUGCGGAUCAAGGCCACAACGGCUGAGGAGCCUAUCUCUCAGCCACAGCUGGCUGCAGACCUCCCCGAACCACAGAACGCGUCAAGGUAUAGUUACCUCGAGACUGUCUUGGGUGCUCCUCUCCCUGAGUCUCAAGUUGAAAGUGUUCCUGCUAGUGCGUCCCUAUCUGCCUCAGCUCUGCCCGAGGUCGCCAACGGCACCAUCCCUGCUGAGUCUCGGUCCGCCCAGUGGUCGGCCCCUGAGACGACUGAGCCUCAGUUCCGUGACUUCGUCUUGGGUCAGGACAGCUUGGAUAUGCCAGUGGUGUCGCACGCAUCGCCCAAUGGGGUCUUCUGCAUUGACUGCAACCACUGCGGCCGCUCCAUCCCGAACGAGCACUAUCAUUGCAGCAUCUGUGACGAUGGCGACUACGACUUGUGUCUCCAGUGUGUCGAGGCCGGUGUGGCUUGUCUCGAUGAUGAACACUGGUUGAUUAAGCGUCUUGUCAAGGACGGCCAGGUCACCAACAGCACCACUGAGACGGUUCAGCCCCGGAAGGCUCGUGAGGAGCCUGAGCCAGAAGAGGAAGAAGAAGAGACCUUCGAAGAGUCCGUGCCAGAGCUGGUGUCUGAGACUACUCCAGUCCCUGCUGUUGCUGCCCCCGAACUUCCCGAGAGCACUCAGGAACGCAUCUGCAAUGAUUGCCUGAAGGAACUCGAUGAAACCAAGAUGGUUUCCUGCGCUGACUGCGAUGACUAUGAUAUUUGCAUCACGUGUCUCCUCCGAGACACACACGGCCAUCACCCCGCCCACACCUUCAAGCUGCUUCAUGAUCGUCAAUUCUGCUUGAAGAGUCUGGUGCAGUCCCGCUGCAAGCCUGGACGUCACCACCACCACGCAGCUAUCUGCGACGGGUGUGAAAAGCGUAUCAUUGGCGUCCGGCACAAGUGCCUGACCUGCCCAGACUGGGAUUACUGCUCGGAGUGUCACCAGGAAGCAGCCCAAAACCACCCGGGUCAUCGGUUUGCGCCGAUUUAUGACGCAAUCGCCGAGCCCCUGCAAAGCUAUGAGGUGCAUUACGGUAUCUACUGCGAUGGCCCUCUGUGCAGGAACAGGCCAUGCCCUAGCUUCAUCACAGGCACUCGCUACAAGUGCUCUGUGUGUCACGACACGGACUUCUGCGCCAAGUGUGAGGUGCACCCGACCAACACUCACAACCGCACUCAUCCCAUGGUCAUGCUGAAGACACCUGUGCACAACGUCUCUGUUAGUACUGUCCACGAAGACCGUGGAGCCACUUGCACCAUGGGCGACCGUGCCCAGAAAUCCACUUCCACCCAAGCCAGCGUCCCGGUCGAGCCGGUUCAGGAGACACCCAAGCCGGAAGCAGAGCCUAUCCAAGAGCCUGCCCCGGUGGAACAGCCGACUCCCGUUGCACAGCAGCCGGUCCAGGUCGAACAGCCGACAUCAGCUGACCCGGCCUCGGGCUAUCAAGCCUUCUUCAUCCGGGACACUGUGCCGGAUGACACCACGCUGCCACCCAACACCGCCUUUGAGCAGACCUGGACCCUCUUCAACCCCGGCCCAUUGAGCUGGCCUGCCGGCACGGAUGUGCGGUUCGUCGGAGGCGAUUCGAUGUUCAACGUGAAUACCAGCCACCCAUUGAGCAUGGAUGCCAUCUCGGCUGCCAUGGAGAGCAACAAGCUCUCGGAGCCGCUUGAGCCAGGUCACAGUGCGGACUUUACCGUGACACUCAGGACCCCGAGCCGUCAGGGCAGUGCCAUCUCGUACUGGCGGCUGAAGCUGCCCAGCGGCAUGCCUUUUGGUCACCGGCUGUGGUGUGACGUGCGGGUGCGUGAUGACGUUCCACCGCCCGCUGUGAAUGCACCAGAACCGGAGAUGGAGAAGACCGUCGAGCCUCAGCCGGAGGCCCAGUUGGAGCCUGCAGGAAGCCAGAUGAUCUUCCCCAAGCUGGCCAAGGAGUCUCCGGAGACCAGCACACACGAGGCGGCCACCACGGCCCCCAGCGCCCCGUCGGUGACGAACGCAUCAGAGCAGGAUGUGUUUGAUGACAUGGAGAGUCUGACACUGGGCGAGGACGAGACAGAUGCGGGUAUGCUGACGGACGAGGAGUACGACAUCUUGGACGCCAGUGACCAGGAAUAUCUGGAGGCCAAGUCUCAGCGCUAAGCGAAGACGGCGGCCAUGAGUUACGGAUUUCUUGGACGGGGAAACAAAGGAGUUCUUUUUCUAUCGGACAGGAUGAAAUAAUUUGCGUGUGAUUUUUAAUACUUGCUAACUUAGCUUGAUUUGCGUGUGGGCGAAGGAAAACCCUGGGAAGGAUGAAUUGGCUGUAAGCUCGGCAUUAGGCUUGAAUGUAUGCUCUCAUUUCCUAACUUCACUUCAUUUACUU